AAAACUAACUUAAAAGUUUAAUAACCAGCCAGAAAAUGUCGUUUCUUGGAGGGAAUCUGUCUAACAUCCAUAUACCCUCAUUGGGAGGGAUUAAAAAACAGUUUUCUAAGGCUGACCAGAUGGUAAGUGAGAGGAUGGGUGGAGCUGAGCAUACUAAACUAGAUGAUGAGUUUACCAAACUUGAACAGCAAACUGAUACAUAUAUUGAAAUGCAGGCUGAUAUCCAACUGAAAACGAGAGAAUUUAUUUAUCCAAAUCCUACAGUUCGGGCCAAGAUGAUGACGGAUUCAGGCAUAUCUAAACUUGGGGUUGGAGUAAACUCCAAGGUUGGGAUAGUUCCGAUCCCAGAGAAGGCUUUAGGAGAAGCUAUGGAGAAAGGAGGGAAAAAACUUAAAGAGCUGCAGCAGAAUAAUGAUUCUCAGUAUGCAGAUAGCCUAACCAUUUGUGGAGAUAGUCUUAGUCAACUUGCAGAUCUCAGGAAGUCUAUGGAGGAUAAUAUUGCCCAGAAUUAUCUAACCCCUCUAGAGGAUAGUCAGAAUAAGGAGCUCCGUGACGUCUUGACAUACCGGAAGAAGGUUAACGGCCGGAAGUUGGAUUACGACUGUAAGAAACGGCAUGGAGCAGACGGAGACGAAAUAUUAGACGCAGAGAAGAAAUUUGCAGAAUCCUACCAGAUGGCCCAGGUGUCAAUGAACAGUAUUCUCGAGAAUGAUGCUGAAUACAUAAUGCAGUUGGCAGCACUAUCGUCUUCACUCAAUGAUUACCACGCUGGUUGUAUAAAUGUUCUGGAGGAUCUUGUCAAACAACUCAAUGCUAAAAAAGAUGAAGCGGCAGAUAGACCUAGACCUGACUUCCAACCUCGAUCCUUACAGGAGAUGACUGGAGGGAGUGCUGGUGGAAGUUCAAGUGGAAGAAAUCUCAACACUGAAAACGGAUCCAG